AUGAACGACUCGUGCAUGGAAGCUGGAGUAGCUCCUGACGAGAGCCAAGAACUCCCUUUUCCUGAAGGGCCAGCGGACCAGUACGACGACGAUGACGCCGACAGUCACGGAAAAGAGUCUUCGAUCAAUGGUAGAAUCAGACGAGCAAUCUAUGAAAUACCCAUGGAAGAGGCCGACUUCAACACCACCUACCCGAUGGCCAACAGCCAUGGCAACGCCUAUCAAGAGUCCAGCAGCCACAGCAGGUACAGUGAAUUAUAUUCCGAACUCGCUGUCCGAAACUACUUGGACGCGAAUCGAGACGACGCGAUGAACUACUCGGUGGCGAACAGCCACGGCGACCACAGCGUCUCCUCCGAGAACAGGGAGAGAAGCAUCAGAGAGAACACGGAGACUGACCAGCAGAACUGGGACAGACAGUACAUCAACUACGAGGUAGCAAAUAGUCAUAGCAACUACAGGGUGUACUACGAUAGCCAGACGCAGCCGUCCGGCUGGCCAAUUGAAUCCUGGAACGAGCAACUGCAACGCAAUCCUUGCGUGGCGGAGGAUAAGAAACAGAAGUCAGCGAACACUAGUAACGUAGACGUUAACACCUCGAGGAACAGGCCAGAGAGGUCUGAAAGCGAACCUUGCAGCGAGCCAGGCUGCGAUAUAGAGCAGUGCUUGGUUCAGAUCGAGGAGAGCCUCAUGAACAUCGAGCAGAAUCUGCUGCACGUGCAGGACCUGGAUAUACCUGAGCUGAGGAACCUUUUGUAUAAGAGUCCCAGCAUCGAGAAGAGCCUCUUCGAGGUGCAGGACCUCCUCUACGCCGAUGGCAUCGUCCCAGCGAUAAAGAAGCGGAAGUCCCUGUCCCUCGAGUCCGAGGAAGAGAACGAAGACGAGGACGACGAGGAGGAAGAGGAAGAGGAAGAGGUCUGCGUAUAUCGCAACCUAACUGUGAAAGACAACGACGACGAAGACGGCGACGCUGGCGCUGGGCCCUUCGACGCUUCCAACGAAGAGUCUUCCGACACUGCCAACGCGGAAGAGAGCAACCAAUCGGGAUCGGUGGACGAUCACUCCAAGAUCUUCCGCGAGGAGAACGCUAAUUCCAAUUACACCGAGAAGGCUAUGAACUUCAUCCCCAACAGUCUCAACAAGACCUUGCCUAGAAGAGUCCUUCUCGACGGAACCAAGGAGAACAUCCGACUGUGUUCAUCUGGUCCCGAAGAGCAGACCAUCGUCGACUACAACUUAAACACCACCUGCGCCGAGAAGAAGCUCUUCUGUCGCGACAAGUGUCACAGUAGGACGAACUCCUUGGACGAGAACUCCGCGUUCCCCAACUUGGACUCGGGGGACAAGCACGAGACCGGGAAGAGCUCCCUGCAGAAUUUGCUCUUCGAGCCUAGGAACGGGAAUUCUUUAGACUUAUCCGUGAAGGCUAGAUCAGAGGAGAUACUGCAGACUCCUAGGGAGAGGUUCUCCAAGGCACUGAAUCGAAGAGGGAUAGAUGAUAAACGCUGGACCAUCGUGGAGGCGAAGACGGAAGACUUUCGACGGAAGAUCGAGUCCAUCGCCUCCCACAGACGCCUCACCGUGUCGGCUGGGAACGACCAAAGGAGAACCAAGGCUUCGAAGGAGGCCAUGACGGAGAACGUGACCCGUUCACGAGAGAAAUCGCCCGCCAGAUCGAGACGGGGCGCGAUCGCUGGAGAUAGGUCUCAGGAGAAGGAGAAGGACAGUGGUAAAGCUUUCGACAAAAGGAAGAGGAAGAAGAUAUCAAGCAGAGGUCAAAGUUCCUCGGAGAAUGCUCUCGUGCCUAGCAAACUGAUCUCUCUCUCGCUGUCCAUUCUCCUCGCGGCCUUGCUGCAAGCGGUCAGGUGCCUGACGGAUCUGGUGGAGGACGCGUUCAGGUCCGUCAGCUACGACAGGAACGGCCUGUUGCAAUGA